AUGGAUUUACUGUGCGAACCAAACUCCCCGGCUGCUCCACCCCGAACGACACCGUUUGUGUGUACGGAGGCUUGGGAUGGCGGCCCGUUCCUAACUUAUGCGGUGCGGAAGGGCAUGGCCCGAGUAGUACCACCGCGUCUUAGACACCAUUUGGGUGGAGAUACUUCAAAUGAGCCAUAUCUGGAGGUCAUUCACCCCACGCCAAAGGAAGAGAUCCAACCAUUUCUGCAGACAUGGCUUUGGUUUGGGCUGUUUGCCGAGAUGCUUGGCUUGAAUGAGACCAGCCCCGGCCAUCGCAUGAUUGAAGAUACGCUCGCUACCGAGGAGAUUCGGAAAUUGUACGAGGUCUGCGUAUCUGCCGCUGAAGAAGACGGUAAUAGAUAUAUCAGUGCCAAGUCAGUGCUGGAAUCCUCUCAAAUCAUUGCUGAGAGAACUCAACUUGUGCCCGACAAGCGCGAGAGAUUCACAUACAUGCGUGACUGCCUUCAAUUUGCCAGUUUGAUGACUCUCUCUAUCUCAGAUUUGGAUGAACCAGUGCGAUACUCGAUAUGCGCUUUAGGAGAAUACUUCUCCACAGGGUUAUUUCAAGCUAUUGCGCUGUCAAACCCCAAGGUAGACGUUCCUAUUGUAGGAUUUAGCUGGCAUCAAAAUUACAUGCGGUCUGGAGGCACCAUGGACAACCAAAUGCUCCAACAAGGAUGGUGCCCAAGCGAGAUUGAAAAGCUACGAUCUCAGUUUAAUGGACUGAAUACGAUGCACCAUAUAGCACAGUUGCAGAGGCCGAAUGCUAACCAAGAUCAUUCGAACUGUACUCGUCAUCUAUGCACGGCUUUCCAGAUGGAUAUAGAAACCUAUAAGCCCUCACAUCUGUCUGAUGGCUGUACCUGUGACCUCAUUGGCAUUGACGGGAGAGCGACGUCGUUAAUUCUCCGUAGUACGGAUACUUAUCCCAUCAUACGCUUUGACCAGAUCGGAGAUGGAGUAGAUGAUUUCGAGCUGGUGAUUGAGCCGUACGAGCCGGGCGUCCCCUAUGUCGCCCUCUCUCAUGUUUGGGCCAAUGGCCUGGGCAAUCCAAAGGCCAACUCUCUGCCAAGAUGCCAGAUAAAACAUGUAGCUCAGUUAAUAGCUUCGAUGCAGGUCGAAGCAGAGACUGGUGAUGCAGAAUACAGAACCCAAUACCGAAUGUGGAUCGACACGCUUUGCUGCCCUGUUGAGCUUGGAGGUAAACUGAUUGCACUCGAGAGGAUUGCCAGUGUAUACCGGAAUGCAGCUCAUGUUCUUGUUCUUGACGCUUCUUUGACCGGAUUCGAUCCUCAGGAUACCCAUCCGGCCGAAUUGAUGCUGCGCGUAUACGGAGCUUCUCCCUGGAUGAGACGGCUAUGGACUCUUCAAGAGGGGGCACUGACAAAAAGCCUAUAUAUACAAUUUGCGGAUAAAGCUGUGAAUGCCUAUGCGUUACUUGUCAAACUCUGGACCGGGGCCAAUAGCGAUCCGCGUUACAUGAAAAUCUGGCAAGAUAUCAUGGGUGCAUACAAUGAACUUCAGGGCUUUUUCAGUGGAAGAGAGGGUCCGACCAUCAACCAGUCGCCGCUCAUUACCCUCCAACGAUCACUACAGUUCCGAACAGUCUCUGUGCCAUCUGAUGAACCCCUCUGUAUCUCUACUUUGAUGAACCUCGACACAAAGUACAUUGCUGCAGCUCCGGAUGCUGAAACCCGAAUGGCUCGCGUCUGGGAAUUAAUAUACAAAUCGCAGGGCAGCCUUCCCAGUCGAGUCAUAUUCUAUGCAGAUGAAGUGUUGAGCAUACCCGGAUGGCGUUGGGCUCCCCGAAGCUUAUUAGGCUCAGCAGUUAAAGACCCUGUCUUGGGUAUUGACGAGCGCGUGUUACGUUUGGUUGUAGAUGCUAAGAAUCAGGGCAUCCCGACCCCCUUGGGCCUAAAAGUUGCUCUACCAGGAUAUCGUCUUCUUCCACGCCCUCUGGUGGCCGGACUCCCUUUACAUCCCUGGCCUGGGGCCAUUAAUCCCACGGAAGACCAAAUCAUUCUUCAGGAUACAAAAAGCGGGAAAUGGUAUCGGAUAAUGGAUUGGUACCGCAGCAAGAAGAUUGCGUCCUGGACAGCCGAGGAGCUGUCGGCUUUUGACAGGAAGCAAAACCAUCCUCUCUGUAGAGAAGUAGAUUCCGGGAAAUGCGUGUUGAUUUAUGAUGAAAAAUCGAGGGUUGAUGGGACAAUAAUGACAUGCAUGGGUCAGAUCGAAGAGGUUGAGGAAGAUUUUGAACACGCCUCGAUUACAUCUGCAGAACUUCAAGCUGGUAUAAGAAUUCAUCGAACAAGGACCGUGAUCAUGUCGGCUCUCGGCGAUGACGAAAUACGAAUGAUGAUGGCUUUCAGGGAAAUGGCCGGUGUUGUAGCAUUGGAUCAAGAAACGUCUAAUCUACAAGCGAUCGAGGAUCGCAACGGCGAGGAUCGUGAUGGCGAGGAUCGUGAUGGCGAGGAUUGCGACGGCGAGGACCAUGACAGCAAGGAUCAUAACGGCGAGGAUCGUGACGGCGAGGAUCGUGACGGCGAGGAUCGUGAUGGCGAGGAUCGUGAUGGCGAGGAUUGCGACGGCGAGGACCAUGACAGCAAGGAUCAUAACGGCGAGGAUCGUGACGGCGAGGAUUGGAAGAGCUGCAUGGCCAAGGUCAAAGACAAGAUGAAAGAGGUCGUGGCGGAAGCUUGGAAAUCCAGGCCAGAGGUAAGACAAACGGUUGAAAACACCAUCGGCCUUGAUAUGGAGGAGUAUAUGUGGGCUUUUAUUCCCAAGGUAUUUUCUCACGAUGUCAUCGUGGAGGAGACGCCAAGCGAACAGCUUUGGUUCGUCGAUUAGGCAUCCAAAACAUGUCUGUCUCAUCAAUUCUAGUCGUUAUAACGAGAAAUGACGAGUCAUGGCGGCGAGAACAUGUAUCUACAUGACAGUUGAUAAGAAACUCUACAUUCUCU